AUGUCCAGCAAGCGACCAUUGCUGUCCGAUCUUGUCCGCGACUCCAAGAUAAACACUGAGUUCCUAGAAUCUUGCAUUCAGCAUGUCUUCCAUGAGGCGGGGCGGUCACUGAAACAGCGCCUGGUCCGGAGAGAAGAGCGCUGGGUCAGGCAGAGAUAUCUCGGCCAAGGCGCUUACGGGACUGUUUAUCUAGAAAAGAGGGAAGAUGGUGGCACUGGAGAGUUACGAGCGGUGAAAGAGCUCAAGAAGUCGGUUGUACCAGGGCAUGAAUUGGACUAUGCUAGGGAACUCGAAGCUAUCAUGAAGUUCUCACAUCCACGGUACAGGCACUGCUUUGUGAGCUCGCGUGGCUGGUAUGAGCAUCAAGAGUCCGUUUUUAUCACGAUGGAAUUCCUCGAACUCGGCGAUCUUCAGCGCUACCUCACACGACCGCUGCCAGAGUCCCAAGGGCAAGAAAUUACGAAGCAAACCCUCGAAGGCUUGAGUUUCAUGCACGAUAAUGGCUUCAUUCACCGCGAUCUGAAGCCCGCAAAUAUCAUGGUUGUCACCAAAGGUCCAAACUGGUUCGUCAAAAUCGCAGAUUUCGGCAUCAGCAGGCGCCGGCAUCAAGACGUUACCACUCUCCUUACAUCAAAACGCGGCACACUGGGAUUUGCGGUCCCAGAAGCUCUCGGCGUCGAGUCAGACGUCACCUACUCGUUCCCAGUCGACAUGUGGUCGUUGGGCGCGGUUGCGUACAGGAUACUCACCAACGCCUCUGCCUUUUCUUGUCUGUCCAACAUGUUUCGUUAUGCCUCGGGCAUGUUGGAGUUCCCGGAAGAGAAGCUCAAGUUUCACAAUGUCUCAGAACUUGGACGCAACUUUAUCAUCAAGCUCAUGCAGCCGGUUCCUGAGGAUCGAUUAUCCGCGGCGCAGGCGAUGCUUCACCCGUGGUUCACUACACCACUUCUCCCUACGGUUGAAGAUGCAUCAGAUAUGUCCGAUUCCACUACAGAUGAGGAGGAACGUGACAUCACAGACGCAUCGAUGCCUUCAAAAGCAUGGAGUAGUGAUGAACACGCCACGAUACGAACUCCUGUUUCCCUCACGACUAAACAAUAUCGCCAAGUCUCGGAUCCUACUAUGGCUUCAAAGGCGCGGUCUCCUGAUAAUACAACGGUGAUGUCAGCGCAUCGCACUGACUGCCCUAUCUCCGAGUCUAACUACGAGGCGCCAUCAGUCGAAGACUGCGCAGACGACAACCAUGAGAGUGAUCCACUUCCAAAGCUUCCGGGUGAUUCGAAAUGGGUUCUAGAUCUAGAAGAUGAUCUCGACGACGACAACAGCUCUGAAGGAAGCGCGACACAAAGCGGGCAAGACAGUACAGAGGACAGCAUACCACAGACAAUUCCCUUAAAUCAAGCUCGACCUAUCGAUACUGAGGAGAGUUCCGAGACAGAUUGUACGGACAAGGAAUCAGAAUACGAGAGCGACACCGACUCAGGCGCCGAGAGAGAAGAUACUGCGACGCCCCCACAUCCUGUGGACGACGCCCCAAAAGAAUCGGUCAAGACGGCUGUCAUGGUCGAGUGCCAAAGUUGUGGCCUUUCCUACGAGUGGAAGGGCAGAAAUAUUCAACGUCUCCCAUGCCAGCACUACAUGUGCCAUGUCUGUCUCUUACAGUACCUCGCUCUAUCGCUCAUAUCACCCAAGUACAUGUCAGCCCGAUGCUGUGACAGCCCCAAAGGAGAAAUCAAAGGAGAAUCCUUUGGAAACAUUGUCGUUGACCCGCGCAUCAACACCGCCUGGAAGAAGUAUGAGCUGCUCAAAGACCACGACGACUGGAGAUGCCCUCGGGGACAUCCGCCAAAGGGCGGCUCACUCACCAUCACUGUUGGAUCACGAAACUCGCCUCCAAUAUGGAAGGAAGUGGUCAAUUGCUCGGGCUGUCUGACCCAAACACGACUCAUCGACGGUAGUGUCAAGGAGUUGCGACCAACUUCAUUCUGCCUUCUAUGCCUCAAGGAACUUUCAGGGAAUGUAUGCAACCAAUGCGAGCAGAAUUCGGCCGUGUGGCCGUUUAUCACACGUAUGCAGGAGAGAAUUGAUGCGCCCGCAUCCUGGCUGUCAUCUGUUCUCAGAUUUGCUUGUCGUGACAGGCUUACGAUCAGGAACGGGAGCUGUCAGCUACAGUUCCAGACCUUGGCACAGUUGAAAGGAAUAUCGUCCCCCGAUGAGGGACAGUCUGAGUCCGAGGCUGAAAACACAAAGUCUGACGUUAACAACGACCCCGCCAACACACAGAAGCCGGAGUCCCAGAUGCCGUCUCCAGGCACCGGAGUUGUUCCCCCCGAGCAAUCAGACUCUUCUACUGCACGCACAUCUCACUCGGACGUCGGUGGUGAGACGGGUUCGCGCAGAUCGCGCUCAAAACGCAAGCAGAGCAGCCAUGGUCGCCACCAAUCUCCUAAACCAACACGUGCUAGGACUCUGUGGGAAAAGAUUACACCCCAAGUAUUUCAUAGCCAACCAAAGAAGAAGAAGAAAAGGUGA